AUGUGGCUCUUUCAUGGCGCUCGUUUGUGGCUCCUCUUCUUGCAGCCCUCCUGGGCCGCCGGUCCGCGCUGCCACGCGGACCUGGACGAUGAUCUGGAUCCGGCGGAGAUCUUCGGGUGGAAAGGCGGCGGGAUCCAACGGCUGCGCUUCUUCAAGGCCGAGAAUCGGAUGGAUCGAACGGGUGGAUGGAUGGCCCGAGGAUGUAUGGAGCGCCUGGGCUUUGAAGCUCGACACGUCCUCGACAUCGGUGCGCACGUGGGGAACUGGACCACCGAUGCGCUGGAGGUUUUCCCAUCCGCGCGGUUCUUGAUGAUCGAGGCCAACCCGCUUCACCGGCCGCAGCUGGAAGCCAUUGGUCAGCCCUUCGUCAUCGCGCUGCUGGCGGCGAAAGGCAACGAGUCGCGGCAGUUCCACAGCACCCGCUACCAAAUCACCACGGGUGCCUCCAUGUUCCGCGAGCGCAGCGACCUCUUUGUAGACCCGCGCUUCGCGGAAACGUUGGUCUUAAGGACACGAAGCUUGGAUGAGGUGGUUUCAGAAGUCUUUCGGGGCGAACGAUGUUGCGACUUGCUGAAAGCUGAUGUGCAGGGCGCAGAGCUCACAGUUCUCCUGGGUGGCUUAAAGACCUUAUCUCAGGCGCAGCUGGUGCUCUUGGAGGCCCCAGUCUUGCCUUACAACGAGGGUGCGCCAUCCUUCAGCGAAGUCAUUGCCUUCAUGGCGGCCCAUCACUUCGAGCUGGUCGAUGUGGCGGAUGCCACCUACUCGGAGGGCGUCUUCCGUGUGCUGCACCUGGACCUGCUCUUCGCGCCUCGCAGCUCUCGACUCCGACGGCUGCCGCUGCCCUGGGGCAUACGGUGCGCGGCCGAGGGGCGAACGAAGGAACAGCGCCGGUUGAAUGAGGCAUACCAUGCCCCCCGUUUGGGUUCCAGUUGGCUGGAUCCGUGGAGCUCAGCUCGCCGUCGCAUUCGCGCCACUGGGGCGGCAGCAGGUACAGCACAGCAAAGCGAGGUCGAAAGGUCAGGUGAUAUGCUUCAGGACGUCAUGUUCAACAUCCAAGGGCCGCCCAUUGAUGCCCGGCCGCGUCUUCGCUCACGUGGGCUCACAGCGAAGCUGGCCGCUUUUGCCAUGCCAACUCCUCCAAGUCCUCCCACGGAUGCCACUGGGGGUGGCGCCACUGACACUGCGGACGUGGCUGGGAGCGAUCGGAGCGAUCCAGGCUGUGGGUUUGGGGUGCCUUGGGAGAAGGCGCUGCUCUUCAUGAAGACUUUUUCCGACUUCUCCUACACUCCUACACCAGAUGCACCAGAUGUCACCACUUCGGACUCCUUCUUGGGCUUCGUCUGCGGCGACACCGUGGUGGCCGCACGGGACCUACGGGUCCGGGGCAAGGUCGUGGUCCGCCAGGGCGGCAGUGGCUAUGUCAUCGGCCCUGCAGCUUCAUCGGGGCGCAUCUGCGUGCAGUUCGAGCAACGGGAGGAUCAGAGCGAGAAUCGCUUGAACUGCCUUCCCGAUGAGCUCAGGCACACCUUGGCGGGCGGCUACUUAGCCGGCACCCGCGUGCGUAGCCACCGGACCUUAGAGUCUCCUGCAGGGACCUCCAUCCCAGCUGGCUGCUCUGGUGUGGUGAUUGGCCCUGCCCGGGAUCCCUUGUUCCAGCGACUCCUCGUCCGCUUCGCGCUGAACGGUCAGGAUCAUGUAGAAGAGUUGGUGUGCGACCCACAGGACGUGGAGAGCAGCAUCCCGGGGAACUUCCGACGGGGUAACGCGGUGAUCGCCACCCGAGACCUCCGAGUGAAUGGUCAGGUCGUGGUCCGGGAGGGCGUGCUGGGCACCGUGGUGGGCCCCAGUCACUCGGAUUCCCAGCACAGAGUCACGGUGAGCUUCAGCCAUCGGGAGGAUAGCAGCCGAAACCGCUUGAAUUGCGUGGUCAAUGAGAUCAAGCUGUAUUUGGCUGGGAAUUUAGAAGUGGGUGCUCGUGUCCAGGCGGCGCGGCCCAUUAGUUACGACCGCCUGGCGCCGGUGCCUACCGGCUCCAUCGGCACGGUGCUGGGCCCCGCGCAGGAUGAGCCCUUGGCGCGGAUUUUGGUGCGCUGGGACUCCGCCCCACCAGCAGGAGCGCCCCCAGAGCGCGAGGCCCACUCAGAUGAUUUGAGGCUUAUGAUCGCGGGCGGCUUCCGCCGGGGCGAGACGGUCUUAGCGGCGAAGGAUCUGAGAGUGAAAGGUCUGGUGGUCGUGAAGCAGAACGUGCUGGGCACCGUGGUGGGUCAAAGUGCCACCGACCCCGGAGGCCGCGUCACGGUGUGCUUCACUCGUCGAGAAGACGGCCGUAGCAACAACCUGAAUGUGGUCCCGGCCGAAAUCCAGCACAUGCCCUGCACGGGCGGCCUAGUCCCGGGCGAUCGGGUCGCCGCCCUGCGACAGCUCCUGGUGGUGCCCAAAGGCGCUCAAGGCAUGGUGGUGGGCCCCUCAUGCUCGCAGUCCAGCCGUGUGGCGGUGCGCUUCCAUUCCUCCUCCGCCGAGAGCAGCGGCGAGUGCGCCGACUCCUCCGUGCUGCAUGUGGAGCCGGAGGACCUGAAAGUCCUCCAUGCCGUGGCGGAGGACGUGGACGAUGCCCUGCAGCCUGAAAGAGAGGAUGACACUGAAGAUUCGGGGCCUGCGCUCGCAGGAGGCUACAAUCGCGGAGAUGCAGUGGCAGCCACGCGCGAUUUGCGCGUGGGUGGCAAAGUGGUGGUCCGGGCGAACAUUUUGGGCACCGUGGUGGGCCCCUCUGGCCAGGACCCCACGAGCCGCAUCACGGUGGCCUUCGCAUGGCGGGAGGAUGGAAAAAGUAACAACCUGAACGUCAUCGCCAGUGAGAUUCGGCGCGUGGACACCCAGACGCGGCCGGAGAAGGGCGAGAUCUGUGCCAUCUGCCUGGCCGAGCUGGGUUCACAGAGCGAGGAGGACAGGGUUCUGGUGCUGGACCUGCAACACAGCCUGAGGGGGUUCGGGAACUUGGCUCCACCUGCACCGAGCAACGGUGCCUGUGCUUCAGCGCCUGGACCUUGCAGCGCGGCUAGCUGGUGUCAGCAACUGGAUGCGUCAGCACUGCCUCCUGCCGCCGCGCCGGUGCAGAGCGCCUUUGAGAUGCUUGGCAAACCGGUGCAAUCAGUGCCUGCGAGUUCUGCAGAUCCUCAGGAGGUCAUGCUCAAGGCCCUCACUGCUGCCCUCUCAGGUGAUCGCAGGAGUCUGCCAAGCUGGAACGGUGAUGUUUCGACCCUCCGACCAUGGCUUCGCCAGUUGACGCUUUGGGAGAUGGACAACAACCUCCCGAAGCAGAAAUGGGGGUUGAAGCUCCUUCAGGCCUUCUCGGACCAGUCACCUCCGAGAAGGAUUGCAGAGACGGUGGACCUUCCCACACUGACUUCCGAAGCUGGAUACUCGGCCAUCCUAACGGCCAUCAUGACCAAGUACGGUCCCUACCUGGAAGCUGCUGGACCGGCCGCCAUCGAGACCUUUUUCUAUGGGACCGAACGCAGUCGGUCAGAGAAUCUCUCAAGCUAUGUGGCUGCCAAGGAGGUCGCUCUACAGGAGAUGGAGGCGCACCUUGGAGAGAAGCUGCCUGGGCGGAUCGCAGGGCGUAUCCUUUUGCGCCACGCGAAUCUGUCUGACGCCCAACGUGAGGCUAUGGCUGUGAAGUACAAUGCCCUCUUGACCUUCGAGCAAGCAGCAGCCGCCUUGAGGCCGUUGGAUCGGCCGGAUGCCUUAGUUCAGAAAGUUGCCAAGACCUUCGCGACUUCGAGUGGCCACCAUGACUAUGAGGAGGAUGAGGACGACGAGCUUGUGCCUGAUGAGGUGCAGGCUGAAGAGGAUGAUGAAGAAGGCCCUGAAAGCGAUGGUCAAGGCAACCUCACCUUUCUGUGUUUCGACCCGGCCGAGGAGUACACGGAGGAGGAAGCCACCUACAUAUGGGCCUACAACAGUGCCUACAAAGAUGUCCGACGAGAACUGCAAGCUAGGCGGAAAGGCCGCCAGUUCUUCAAGAAGGGCAAUGGACCACCAGUUCAAAAGAAAGGCAAAACCAAGGGCCUACAGCGUAAAGGUCAUGAGCAGCAGCGCAUCUACGCCGUGAGCGUGAAGCCCUCAGUGCAGAAGCAGCUGGAAGUCUUUGCAGGUGUUCGCACCGAGAGCUUCGAAGGAGUUGUGGACACCGCAGCAGAGGAGGCGGUGAUUGGCUCGACAGCAAUGGACCGUUUGCGUGCUGCACUUGGCCAAUUUGGCCUUAGGCAUGACAUCCCCAUUGGAGUUGCCAAGACCAAUGGGCUGCUCCGGGUGACGGAGAUAGAGGAUGUUGGGGCUUUUCAGACCCCAUUCUUGCUUCCCAUCUCUUUCAUUGAGCUGGUGGGAGGCGUCAUCGACACCGGCAAGAACAUGUUCAUGUUGAAGGGUGGCAAGAAGACCACCAUGCGGCGAUUACCCUCUGGACAUCGCACAAUUUCUGUGCUGGAGUUCAAUGGACGAUGGAAACUUCCAGAGGGACUCGCCAAGGAGCUCACAAUCUCUUCAGAUGGAAAUCCAUUUUUGCUGCCACGGACUUCAGUUGGAGACAAGCUUCAGCAACGACCCGGAGUGGCAGUAUGGUUGAAAAAGGACAGUGAGCUGAUCUUUAUGGGCUCCAUGGAUGCUCGCGCAACCCUGGUCCAUCCUUCUGAGAUUCUCCCCAAGCACAUGCUUUCGAAUUUGGAUCGGUCCCGGGUGACAAGUGCAUACUUUUUGGACGACACCUCCAUCAGCAUCCAUGAUACAUGGCAUUUGCCCUCUUCCCGCCAACUCCCUUUUUGGUCGGGUGACGUGUUUUUCGAGCUUUUGGACCCUUUUUCGCCCUCGACCUCACCCUCGACGGUGUCUUCGGCUUGUGUCGUGCCCCGGCCUCAGGCUGCCUUUGCACCUUCGGCAGCCGCCAACCAGGUCAAGGACUCAAAGGGCAAAGCUUUGGCGUUGAAGAGUGCUUUGAAACCACUUUGGCUCCUGGUUCAAGUACGCCUCAUCGUGCGCACCUCCCUGAGCAUGCAGAGCAAGAUCACCCAAUGGUUGGUGCAAGCCGACAAGGAAGCACCACCAGCUUCCAAGAAGAGGACGCCCACAGCGAAGUUGCUCGCUGCCUGGAGGCGCAUGGCUCAGCUGACGAUCAACAUGAUCCUGACGACGAUUCGCCAGUCGGCCACGGAUUACCUGCUCAACAGGCAUCGCUACGAGUUGGCCGAGCCAGUCAAGGAGAGUGCACAGAAGGCACCAAAGCAGAUCGGGGACGGGCGCAUCCGCCGCGGCAUUGGUCAGCCGCUGCGACGCUCCACAGCCUGCAAGACAUGGCAUUGCGAGCCAUCGGACUGUGCCCAUCCAGAAGACAAGCUACGCCAACGAGGCUCAAAGAAUUUCUACUGGUGGACAUGCCUCGACUGCGGCAGCAGAUGGGCUCGAGUGGAAUGGGCAGCAGAUGCAGCCGUCAACUCGGGGGCACAAUCCUCAACAGAUCCUCCAACGGCAGUGGAGUUGGUGACCAAGUCGCUGAUGAGCUAUCCGGCCAAGUUGCCACCUCCCAAGCAUCGCUCGGACCUGCCGACGCUCACCAUCACCGAGCUCUCGCCGGAAGAGAUGACACCGAGCACGGAGCCAAUGGCAAUCCAGGAUGUCUCCAACCGGACCUCAGCACCGGUGACCCCCUCAUGGUUGGCAUCGCCCAGCGAAAUGCCGGAGACUCCACCCGCAGCACCGCUGAAGACGAGUGGGCGCAUGUCAAGCCGAUCUCAGAGCGCCGACCGUCGUCGCCGCAUGGCUUCAGGAGUUCGACCAGCCCAACACCGAGUGAAGCCAAGGGCCCACUUUCAGAACUCGACGGAGCAGUUCGAGAUCCACUCAUCGGGCGGAGAGUCGGUGCCAAGCGAUCUUCAGAUCAACUUGCUCCAAGAGCGCUACGACUACUUGCUCAAAGAGCCCUAUGGCAAUGACCGCAUUCCUGACGGUCUCAAUCCUUUGCAUGGUCUUCGAGCUCGCUUGGCCUUGGAUCUCACUACCGGUUGGAACUUUUCCCUGCCGGAGCACCGGAAGAAAGCCAAGGAGCUGAUAAAGAAGUGGAGGCCAGCCGUCCUCAUUCUGAGUCCACCAUGCACUACCUACUCGCCUCUCCGCCGCCUUUCGAACUUCAAGCGCGACUACCAGACAGUCAUGGCGGAAGAGAAGGAAGGCCUGGCUGAGUUCGUGGAAAAGAAAUGCUUGAAGCAGCAUCAACAUGGUAUGCUCCUGGGUGGCUCAGCCAAAGAAGCAGCGGUCUACACUCCGUCCUUCGUGAAAGCAUUGGUGGCGGGCAUCAAAGCCGCACUUGGCAUUGCUCCCACAAAGAAGACAACGGCAGAAACCCUUCAGUGGUUUCAGUGGGGACAGGCUAUGGGCCAUUUGGUCUAUGACUAUGCGCGGGAAACCGCGGCCCUUGACGACGAGGUUUCAGAGCUCCAUGGCACGAUCGACUAUGUCCAUGAUGUCGAGACUGAAGAGACCUACGGCAAGUUCGUUGGUUCACCUGGGCAACCCCCUCGCGGAGACCAAUUUCCUGAGGGUUGCCCAGGUAAGAAAGUGACCGCCUGGGCACUGCAGAACGCUCAGGAGGCAAAUCGACUGGGUUCGACACUACCGGAGGAGGAAGACAAUUUCGAUGCAGUUCAAGAGCUUCGUCAAAACAUGCGACAACUCGAUGACCAACCUCGCAUUGCCGAAGCCCUGAAAAACGUUGAGACAUUCCAAAGCAUGGAUGACGGCAACUUCUCCCUACCUCCACAUCUUCGACGAGAGGUACACAAGAUCCACAGAAACUUGGGUCAUCCCGCACUGGAAAUCUUCGUGCGUGCUCUUCGCAACUCGGGCGCAAAGCAAGAAGUUCUGAGCUGGACAAAGCAUCACUUUCGGUGUCCCACCUGUGAUGCUCGACCACGGGUGUCACCACAGCGCCCGGGACAUUUGCACCGAGCAAUGGAGUUCAAUUCAGUCAUUGGGCUCGACCUUGUCUUCUUGGAGGCCUUUGGACAGCUCCACGUGAUUCUCAACAUGAUUUGUUGGGGCACCAACUACCAGCAGGCUGCCCUGUGCCGCGACAAGUCGGCUGAUGAGGUUCUCAAUGUGUUCAUGAAUGAGUGGAUCAAACACUACGGAGUGCCUUCACUCAUCAUAGUGGACAGAGGAAAGGAGUUCGAGAACCAUCAAUUCCAGGAGACGAUCGGUGGACUUGGGGCAGCCAUCCAUUACACCGACGUGGAAAGUCCAUGGCAAAACACUCGUACAGAAAAAGCCGGAGGAGUUCUAAAGGAGAAGAUCAUGGCCACCAUCCACCAGACCACAGCGACCAUUGAUGAACUUCCACUCGUGCUGGCUGAAGUGGUGAGCAGUCGAAAUCGCUACAUGGACCGGUUUGGGUUCUCACCAAUGCAAAGAGUCUUCGGCCGCUCACUACGGCUUCCGGCUUCCAUCAUGGCUACGGAUGCCCUCGAUCGAGAGCUUGUGGAAGCAGCUGCACCAGAACCGGUUCGCCGGUCAUGGGAGAUCCGGGAAGCCGCAUCCCGUGAGUGGUUGAGAAGGCAGGAUCAGGCUGCCAUCCGGAGAGCCUCUCGAGCACAGAGCCGCACGGCAGAUCGCAAACCACUUCCUCCUGGCACAUGGGUCUAUGUCUUCAGAGACUCACCUAGCUACCAUGGCUGGGUAGGACCUGGCGUGUUGAUUGCACCUGAUCUCAAUGAUCGAGCGGCCUGGGUGAGCAUGCGCGGCCGGCUUUGGAAGACUUCUCGAGAACAGCUGAGGCCAGCAACUCCAGAAGAAGAGCUGGGCGCAGAACUCGUAGUGGAGCUCACCAAGGACAUGCUCGACAAACUCCAUCAAAAACCAGGUCAUAAUCAGAUUGCCUACCAGGACAUCACCCAUGAGACCUUCCCGGAAGAUGCCGAUCUGGAGGACGUUCAUCGUGUCCUGCGUGUGGAAGAGGAACGACGUGAAGUGGAAGACACUCCCAUGGAACGAGAAACCACUGACAGCACUCAUCAACCUAUGGCUGAGGAGGAGGAGUUUGACUUGCUGUCGAAUGACACCACCAUGACUCCAGAUGCUUCUCAAACACAGAGCAGGAGGGCAAGCAUUCAGACCGACACUGCUGAAGAGAAAGAGGCACUCCCGCCAAUUGAGGAGGAGAACGCCAUGCAGACAGAGGAUCUCGGUCUCAGCUCCAACCUUCCUGAACGACGACAAAUCCAAGUUGAUGAGGGCUCCCAUGGUUCAAUGCAUGUUGGACCACCUGCUCCAGUACCAGAUCGCUCGAGGUCACCCCCGUUGACACGACCUCGGCCAAACUCAAUUGCAGAAGUUCCUGAGACACCACCACUGGGCUAUGUGCCGCCUUCAAGAGCAGCUUCAUCAACGGCACCAGCUAUGCCGUAUCCUUUUCAGCAGCAGGUUCCACCAUUGCCGACACCGCCAGGCAAUUCCUUCUACCUGGAGGUCAUUGACUUUGAUGGCGACGACAUGCUUCGCCAGAUGGGUUCGAAGUCUCCAUUCAUCGGAGCCACUUGGCGCCGAGAACGAGGCCAACCUGAACCAGUCCUACAAGCACGGGCUCCCCGACAAAGCAAAUCAUUUGCUGCUUGGGAAGCCGAGGCAAGCUACUGUGACCAAGACCGCUGUAUGUAUGUGGUCAAGAAGGCAAGGUCAAGUUUCGGCCAGGUGGAAUUCUCCAAGCUAGCUGAGAGUGAGAAGAAGAAGUUCAGGCAAAGCCGCUUGAAGGAGGUCAACAGCCUGAUUCAAAACAAGGCAGUGAAGGUCCUCUCCCUGGAGGAAAGUUUGGCCUUUGAAGAGCAAUUCCCUGAGCAGGUGAUCAACUCCCGCUUUGUGGACCGCUACAAGCCGAAAGACGUUGGCCCUGACAAGAUUGAGCUCUACAAGAAAAAGGCCAUUGACGAAGGCAUGUUGGAAGCAAUUGCAUUGGAGGAGGACCAGACAAACCCGAAGUCACGACUCUGCGUGAUCGGUUGGGAGGACCCUCAGAUCCACGAGGUGGAACGUUCUUCACCGACUCCUUUGUCGACCUCCCUGCAUUGCUGCUUACAGCUAGCCGCCUCUCGCAAAUGGCAGACAAGAGUUCGAGACGUCAAAACCGCUUUCCUUCAAGCCCUGCCAACAACUCGGAAGCGCAAGCUUGCAAUUCGGCAACCACGUGACGAAUCUCUGGAAGGAUAUGAUCCUCGCCAACUGCUACUCCUGUGCACCGAGGUCUAUGGCUUGGUGAGCGGACCAUCAUGGUGGCGGCGAAGUUUGCUUAAGUUGGCCACUGAGGACUUAGGCUUUGAGGUGAACCCCUACGACAAGUGCGUGCUCACUUUGCCUUCUGCCGAUCCGAGCAAGAAGCUGACUGAAGGCUUCCUCGUCAUUGAGGUCGACGACAUCGCUGAAGCUGGAUCUGCGAGGCACCGAGAGCUGAUGACUAAGAUGGAAAGCAUGCUCACGUUCGGGAAGGUGGACAACCUCCAAAGCAGCACUGGGUCGAAUUAUGCUGGACGACGACUCCGGCAAAGGCCCGACUUUUCCUUUGAGGCCGACAUGGAUGAGUUCAUUUACACUCGCCUGCAGCCAAUCGCCCUAGCUCGGCGCGUUCUGAAGAAGGACUCUGCGAAGGUCAAGCUGUCCGAGAACGAGAAAACGCAGCUGAGGGGAUUGAUUGCGAGUUUGAACUGGCUAGCUCGUGAGGGAAGACCUGAUGUGGCAGCUGCAGCUUCGAUACUGGCUUCAGCAUUUCCAGAGCCUGCAGUGUCCCACAUCCUGGCAGCAAAUGCCAUGGUCCGCCAUGUGAAAACAAGCCCCAUCAAGAUGGUCAUCCACAGCAUCGAAGAGAAAGACUUGCGCAACAUCCUUGUGGCUGACAGCAGCUUUGACACGAGCGGACGUGAACGCUCGCAGCAUGGCUGGUUGCUUGGAUUCACAAAUCCUUGGUUGAACCAAGGACGAGAAGCUCCAGUGUCGCUCAUGCAGUGGCGCUCCAAGCGACUGAGGAGGAAGGCCGCUUCAAGCCUGCUUUGCGAGGCAAUCUCGCUCUCGGCUGCGACAGCCGCCCUUGAGCGGCAGGACGUGUUCAUGGAGAGCAUCCGCAUGUCGCACUUCAAGCCAAGGGUGCGCCAGAAGUCAGAGGAUGAAAAGCUGGCGGCAAUGGGCAAAAGCACUGUCAUUGCCAGCGAGUCAGCUUCGUUCUGCGACCCCAACUCCAUAGUGGUCGUAGACGCAAAGUCCCUGUACGAUGCCCUUUGCUCGGACCAGUGCUCCGGAGAUGAUGAGCGGUCAGCCUUGGAGAUCGCAAUCAUCAAAGAGAGUUUGUCGAUUGUGGGCGGGCGACCAAGAUGGAUCCCGCACAAUUUCAAUCCAGCUGACGCCCUGACCAAAUUGGAAGGAGCGCAUACUGGCCCUUUGAUCGACCUCCUGAGAACUUCAUCCAUGAGGAUUGAACAGGAGACCGAAGUCCUUCAGAGGGGAAAGCAAAGUGAGCAUCGGAUGAAGACUAGCUUUGGUGGACUUGAGCUCACUCUCCCCAGUGGAUCAAAGAAGAAUCGAUGCUCCUACCGGUGGAUGUACUUGGGGUUGAUGGAGUUGGCUCAGGACUCGGCCAUCCACUUUAGGUUUGGCCGGGUGCCAGGUCGCCAGCAGCGUGGGAUCGCCACUCGGAGGGGGUGGAUCGCAAACGAGCCGAUGAGACUGGCGGGUGGAUCUCCGGUGAUGGUGAUGGAGAAGGGAACCCAGGAUGGUUGCGCAGAUGAUGUUUCUGGAGAGCUUCGUGCCAUCCCCCAGUCGGAUGGGAAGCACCGUCCACAGCACGAUGGGCAGCGCUAUGGCGAACACUUUCGGCAUGCCGAACACGGCAAAAGGUCUUCCUUUGAGAAGGGUCAGACCUUGGAAGUUUGGAGCGACUCCAAGAAGGCGUGGCUGCCUGGCGUGGUCUUGGCCUCCUACGAGUCCGACACUUCAGCGGAGGGCUACGAUGUUCCAGCUGGAACCGUGAAGGUAUCCUCAGGCAAUGGCGUGAAGUGGGUAUUGCCCAACCAGAUUCAAAGCAUGUCCAGACCUCAAAUCACCUGUUGCAAGCUGGUGGUGUUUGUGCUCGAGUGCGGGGCGCAGCUCCCGACCGCGCGGCCGGCGCCCGCGAGCGAGCAGGUGCAGCUGAGUUACCGAGAUGAUCAGCUCAAUUGCAUUCCCAUGGUGAUUACUGUAUCCAUGCGAGUGGGUGCUGUUGCAUUUGUAACGGGGCAGUGCCAGCUGGCUCACUUAAAGUGCUCUGAUUCCAUGCGAGGCAAGAAGUCGUUUGGCUUACGCGCCUUCUUGCGCGCGGCGGAGUUCGGGAACUUCGAUGGAGUGAGGUCCAUGGCCUUGGACACUUGGGAUGCCAAGAAAGGACGCAGUGACAGGAAGUAUCAGUUCACCGAGCUUCCGGAACUGAUCAACGCUGUAGGCCAUGUCCAGACGUUGGAGCCCCAACCUGACCUGGACAUCUUCGACACCCGCGCCAUCUCCAAGAACAAGUCGAAGACGGCCCGUCCAGAGACGCCGCCCUUGGCGAGGACCAAAGGCAUUACAGGUCGCUUGGCACGCUCGGAGAACAACCUGACGCGCUUGGCCUCCACACUGACGGUGCGGCACGAGGUUUGCGAGGCUGCCAAGAGUCAGCCGCGGCUGAUUUGGGAGAAAGCUCGCUCGGGUGAGCAAGCCUUACCUGCUUUGGCGCGAGCUUUGAAGAACGAACGCCUGGCUGUGAGGGCGACACAGAUGAAUCCCAAGCUACUGAGAGUUGGAGAACCGCAGAUCCGCAAGAUCAUGCCGACCUUGGUCUCCAUCUGCGGCGGCGCCGAGCAGGCAGCCUACGCCAUCGUGUGGCGCCCCGAGCUGCUGGAAUUGGAAGCGGCCUCGGCGCUGAGAGACUCCUUGCAGGCGGCCUCGGGCUUCUUCGGCAACCUGAAAGACGCCCUCUUCCUGCUGGGACAAACCACUGCUCCACCCUCUGUGCGGGUGAUCGCACGACAGUUCUGCCGGGAGUACAUGGUGGGAGAGUACUUCUUGGUGGAUGGGGCGCAGGUGGAUGACCGGCCGGUCUGGUGUAAGCCAGCAGCUGCCAUGCAAAGCUUGGGCUCCAAAGCCAAGGACGUGUAUUUGAUUUACUGCCAGAAGGGCGUGGUGGGAUCAGAUAGCAUGCUUCCCUGCUGGACCUUUACGACGAAGUACAGCGCUUCACUCAAGAAGUACGACGACUACUGCGACCCCAGCAUUUUGGGUUGGACGGAGGCGAAGGUGAAGUCGCCUGAUCAAGUGGAACCAGGUCAGUGGCACUUCCCAGCUGAAGCCCAUAAGACUCAGGUGCCAGGCCGCGACCACGGGCGGGGCGGCGACCACGGGCCGGUCGCCUUUGGCCGGCGGAUCCGUACGUCCGAUGUGACAGUGGCAGUCUACGCUGAUAGUUCCAAGAUCACUUUCCUCGAUCUGGCUGACUUCGCGCACAUCCGUCGCUGGAGCUACCUGCAGCUGCCUUUGGCGCCUGCCGGGCAGCCGGUGGAGAAAUCGGUGAAGCUUUAUGCCUGGGAACCGGUGGAGGUCUCCUGGUUCAAAUUGUGGAUUUGUGGACGAAAGUGUCAAAGCUCCACACUUGCAAAGCUGCGCCGGGCGGAGUUUCGGCCGACGCCCGAGCGCGCGGUGGCCAAGAGCUUUCCGAAGCUCCAGGGCGCACCGGCACCGGUCAGCGAGGAGGUUUGGGCGCGGACCUAUGCUAGUGGGCCUUUUGAAGUUCCAGUGGUCAUUGGACCCCACGGCUUGCCUCCGAUGAUUUUCAUCCGUUCGCAGAUUGCCGCGCACGUGCAUGGCACUGGACCCUGUCACCAGGUGCGACUGGUGGCGGGAGAAGAGAGACUUGGUGUCUUAGAGGAUCCAACGCCGAAUGAUCCCGGUGCGACGCUUCUGCCCAAGCCGCCUCCGGUGAUGUACCACUUCGUGUCGCCGGGUGAGCUGGGCUACACCGGAUAUGAACUCUUCAAAGGCGUGGAUGGAAGAGCCAGGGUGAAAGAUGAUGAGAAGACAUGA